CGCCUCCCCCGCCUCCCCGCCCGCGCCCGCAGGUGCCUCCACCUUCACCUCCACGCUCUGCCCCGCCGCUCCGCACCAUGAAGGCGGUGGGGAAGGUGUUGCUGGGUCUGCUGGGGGCAGCCGCCGUCGUCACCGUCAUCACCGUGCCCGCCGUCCUGCUGGCAAAGAAAAAUGAAGCCGCAGCUGAUACUCGUAGACCCUACAGUCUGAAUGAUUAUUUAAAAAAUACAUUUAGAACCAAGUCCUACUCCUUAAAAUGGGUUUCUGACCAUGAAUAUCUCUACUCGAAAGAAAAUAAUGUCUUUUUGGUCAACGCUGAAAAUGGAAGCAGCUUGAUAUUUUUGGGAAACAGUACCUUUACUGUUUGUUCUUUCUUCAAUACAAUUAAUGUGAAGCAAUGGAGGCAUUCAUACAUAGCUUCGUACAAGAUAUAUGAUAUGAGCAUGAGGAAGCUGGUUGCGGAAACAAGCCUUCCCAAUGAUAUUCAGUACAUCACCUGGUCUCCAGUUGGUCAUAAAUUGGCAUUUGUUUGGAAAAAUGAUGUUUACGUCAAAGAGACACCAUUUUCGGGAGAAAUUCCUAUCACUAACAAUGGAGAAGAGAACAUCAUAUCCAAUGGAAUAGCUGACUGGGUGUAUGAAGAGGAAGUCUUUAGUGCCCACUCUGCUCUGUGGUGGUCUCCAAAUGGCAGUUUUCUAGCAUAUGCCCAAUUUAAUGAUUCAGAAGUUCCUGUCAUGGAAUAUUCCUUCUAUUCACAAGAAUCACUCCAGUACCCAGAGACGGUUAAGCUUCCAUAUCCAAAGGCGGGAGCUCAAAAUACUGUGAAGUUAUUUAUCGUCAACACAGAAUCCACCAAUAUGACUUCAGUGGAGGAGAUUCCUCCACCAUCGCCUAUAGAUACAGGCGAUCACUACCUAAGUGAAGUGACCUGGGUGAAUAAUGAAGCAGUUGCCAUUCAGUGGCUCAGAAGAAUUCAAAAUUUCUCAGUCAUGACUAUCUGUAAUUAUAAGAGGUCUGAAUCAACCUGGAGCUGCCCAGUGGAUCAGCAGCAUGUUGAACAAAGCACAACUGGAUGGGUUGGCAGAUUUGGGCCUUCAACGCCUCAUUUUACAUCUGAUGGUAAAAGUUUCUACAAAAUUGUCAGCAAUGCGGAAGGCUACAAACACAUUCAUCGCUUUUAUGUCAACAAUCAAAGCCCAGAAGAGAUAACAACAGGAGAAUGGGAAGUGAUUGUAAUAGAAGCCCUAACCAAUGACCACAUAUACUUCAUCAGUAAUGAACAUAAAGGGAUGCCAGGAGGAAGAAAUCUAUAUAAAAUCCAAUUUAGCAAACCAGGAAAUAGGCAGUGCCUUAGCUGCGAACUGGCUUCUGACAGAUGUCAGUAUUAUUUAGCAUCAUUUAGCAAGGAUGCUAAAUAUUAUCAGCUGAUUUGCUCAGGUCCAGGCUUACCUCUCUACACUCUGCACAGCAGCAUGGAUGAUAAAGAAUUCAGAACCUUGGAAAACAACACAGAACUGUAUAAUACGCUGAAGGAUGUUCAGAUGCCUUCCAAAAUACUUGACUACAUUACAUUGAAUAACACCAAGUUUUGGUACCAGAUGAUAUUACCUCCACACUUCGAUAAAUCCAAGGAAUAUCCUUUACUGAUUGAUGUGUAUGCAGGACCUUGCAGUCAAAAAGCAGAUGCGAUCUACAGACUAAACUGGGCUACCUCCCUUGCGAGUUCAGAACACAUUAUCGUAGCCAGUUUUGAUGGCAGAGGCAGUGGCUACCAAGGAGAUAAGAUCAUGCAUGCCAUAAAUCGAAGACUGGGAACAUAUGAAGUAGAUGAUCAGAUUGAAGCAGCCAGGCAGUUUUCAAAAAUGGGAUUUGUUGAUAAGAACCGCAUAGCUAUAUGGGGCUGGUCAUAUGGAGGAUAUGUCACCUCGAUGGUGCUUGGAGCUGGGAGUGAUGUGUUCAAAUGUGGAAUUGCUGUAGCUCCUGUAUCUCGCUGGGAAUACUACGAUUCUGUAUACACAGAACGCUACAUGGGCCUUCCAACAAAAGAGGAUAAUCUUGAGCAUUACAAGAAAUCAACAGUCAUGAGCAGAGCUGAAAAUUUUAAACGAGUUGAAUACCUCCUUAUUCAUGGAACAGCAGAUGAUAAUGUUCAUUUUCAGCAAGCAGCACAGAUCUCUAAAGCACUAGUGGAUGCGGAGGUGGAUUUCCAGGCCAUGUGGUACACUGACAAAGAUCAUGGCAUCGAUGGGACCGCACACCAGCACAUCUAUACCCACAUGAACCAUUUCAUAAAAGAGUGCUUCUCUCUUAGCACUUAAGUGUUGAUUCUACACUGUGCUUCUUAAGCUCUCACCAAAGCCAUUUUUCCAUUAGUCUAAGGGGCAAGGUGUCUAUAACUCUGGAAGGUAACCAUCCAAGACAUUACGAGAUGUUUUUGAAUCCCACACCUACUGGGAGUGGCAACCCAUCUUGCCAAAGCUGUUAGAAUAUGCUCAAAAUAAUGGAUUAUUUUCAGGUUUUAUUUAGCAUCCAAAUCAUGGCUGUGUAAUGUACUGAAAGCAAAAGAAAUCAGAAUUAGUGGUGUGAUGUGUUUGUGACUGUCUGAUCUUGAUUCAAAGGAUGCAGAAAGGCAGCAGCAGAAGGCAUCUAGGCUGGAAGAAGGUGGCUUACCUACUGUAUAACCAGGAACUCCCUGCCCCUGGCUGCUUUCACUUCCAACUGAGCCUUCAGCCUGCUCACAGGUACAGGUGCCAAACCGAGCUUGCAGUGGGACAGCCCCAAUUUAUUAUUUGAGUGACCAAAGUAAUUAGCCUCUGAUAAGAUGAAUAUAUAUAUAAAGAGAAGAAUGCCAAUAUCAAAGGGCAUCGUAGUGUUCUUAUGGGUGCUAACUAGUCACUGAAAUCACCAUGGAAAAGGUCUUUCUUUUUAUACAGUUUUGUUUUUUUUUAAAUAGAGCAAGCAUCCAACUGCUACGGCUGGGACAGAUCACUGUCUGUGCCAGAAAAGACAGUGCUAAUUUUUUUAUGGCCAUAAAUUAUUCCUGUAGCCAUUCUGUCCCACUUAAAAAGUUAAGUUAGAUUCAUUUUUUUUUUUUUUUACUUUCUUUGGUCAAUCUUAGUUGAACACUUUCCAAUCACUUGGAGAAAUAUAUUUGGAGUCUCUAGUGUUUCAUCUACGUUUCCACAGUUUUCCAGUGGUUAUGAGCUAAUUACCCAUUUUUAAUCAAACAAGCCACAGUGGCACAUGGCCACUUUUACCCACAGGGCUUUCUUAUUUGCCCUGUUAGAUUUCCCCAACUUCUUUGUAAAAAGAUGAAAAGCUUUGGAAAUUUGAAAAAAAAAAAUCAAAUUGACAAUAAAAACAGUUUGUGGUAUUAAAUAAUGCUUUCUUAUUUCAAAACCUCAUAAUAUGUUAACUUGGUCUUUUACAGUCCUAAUGGUUAGGUAGGAGUCCAUUCAAUGAAGAUAUUUUACAUCUAAAAAUAAAUAGCCAUUGCCUGAA